AGCGGCCGGGGAGGAGGAGCGGUUGCCACUAGAGGACAGUGGCUGAUGUUCGAGGAGGGGAAAUUGGUUCCUCCUCUGCAGGCCUUGCUUCCUCUUCCGCCGGGAUAGGGCUCAGCUUCCCGGGCAGGAAACCUGCAGCUGGGGCUGAGCCGCUGCCACUGCCCGGCGGUGUCUGUGCGGGGAGAGCCCUGCAACAACCCCCCUCUGUGCCCAGCUGCGAGGACUUUCUGCGGUGGCUGGAACCAGCCCCUGGGCAGCUCCGGGCUCUGCCGACACCAGCCCCUGAGCCGGAGUCUGCAGGGGCCAGUGGUCGGCGAGGAGGUGGCUGUGUAUUCCACCAUGGAGCCAUGCGUCCUACUGGAUCCUCACCAAAAAGCCCUGUACAGGGACGUCAUGCAAGAAAGCUACGACACCCUGAUGUCACUGGAAUUCCCCUUCCUGAAAGCGGAGGUGAUCUCCCGGGUGGAACCGUGUCACAGAGGCUCCAAGGAGAGGGAGAUCCCAGCUGCAUCUGGCACAGGUGUUGGGACAGCGAGUGAAACUGAGGAGGAGAAUCCCCCGAAGGAAGGCCCUGAGCCAGUGGAACCACAAGGGAUGCUGCCAGGAGGAUUUUCAGGAGCCGUUUGCCAGAGGCCUGCUGGGGUGAGGCUGGGAGGGGCAGGGAGGAGACAGGGCAAACCCGCCCCCCAGGAGCCCAGCCCAGAGAAACUGCAGGACAUCACGGCUCAUCAGCAGACGCCCCAGGGCCAGAAGCCCUACCGGUGCCAGGACUGUGGCAAGAGCUUCAUCUGGAGCUCGCACCUGGAGCGGCAUCGGCGCGUUCACAUAGGCGAGCGCCCCUACACCUGCCCUGAGUGUGGUGAGCGCUUCACCCAGAGCUCCCACCUCCAGCAGCACCAGCUGGCCCAUGGCAGCGAGCGCCCCUACAAGUGCAGCGACUGUGGCAAGCGCUUUGGUGACCCGCAAGCCCUGGCAACCCACCAGCAUGGCCACCUGGAGGACAAACCCUAUCGCUGCACCCAGUGUGGCAAAGACUUUGCCUGGAGCUCCCACCUGGAGCGUCACCGGCGUGUCCACACUGGCGAGCGGCCAUACCGGUGUGGGGAGUGCGGGGAGACCUUCGCCCAGAGCGCCCACCUCACCAAGCACCACCGGACCCACACUGGGGAACGCCCCUACUGCUGCCCCCACUGCGGGAAAGGCUUCGGGGACAGCUCUGACCUCACGCGACACAAACGGACCCACGCGGCUGGGAGCAUCAGGCAGCACCAACGACCCACUCGCAAGCAGAGCCCAGCCAAACCCAGGAAAGCUGAGCAGAAGGGGAAAUGCAGCUGCUGCAGCCAGAGCAUUGGGGAGAGCUUGGGGCCACCGCAGUGGCAGCAGGGUCCCCAGUGCCAGGACUGCAGGCUGGGCUCCAAGCCCUGGAGAGCCCACCAGGAUGGGGCAUGUGGCUUCUUCAGGAAGAGCUCAGAACUGCUCCAGGGUUCAGAGGCCCCAGGACCCCAGCCCGAGCGGAAAUCCCACCCCUGUGGGCACUGUGGGAAGGUCUUUGCCUGGAGCUCACACCUGGAGCGGCACCAACGUGUCCACACCGGCGAGCGGCCCUAUGCCUGCCCCGAGUGUGGUGAGCGCUUCGCCCAGAGCGCCCACCUUACCAAGCAUCGCCGGACCCAUACCAGCGAGCGACCCUAUGCCUGCACCCACUGCGGGAAGGGCUUCGUCGAGAGCUCUGACCUGGUGCGGCACCGGCGCACCCACACCAGAGAGAAGCCCUACAGGUGCGGGCAGUGUGGGAAAGGCUUCAGCAUCCGCUCAGCCCUCGCCAAGCAUCACAGGGAGCACGCGGGGGGCACGCCGUGAGCAGUUGCCACCGAGAGCCUGCCCCAGGCUGCCCCCGUCCCCUUCUCAGGGAGAGAAGAGGAGAUCCCGGCACUUCCACUUCACAUCACCCGCUUGGGAGAAGGCCCCCGGGAUGGCCGGAGGGCCUUUAGACCGAGACCCGCCCAGGACGGCCCGACGGCCUCACUACCUCUGAAAACCUCUGAAAGCACACUUCCAGCUUUAGUACCGAUGUGUCCUAAAAGUGACUCUUCAAACGUGGCCAUUUCGUCACCCUAGAGCGCCCUGCAAUCACAGGGGCUCCGUUUCCCAGCAAUAAGAUCUUUUUUCUCACUGCCAGCCCUGGGAUGGAAGAGAAGUGCUGGGUUCUUUCCUUCUCACUCAUCAUCACCAGGAAUAAAGGGUUCACGGGGCAAAUGUUUGCUUGUGCAGACCCUUGCACCCUCAACCUCUGCGACCCCCCAUGACAGAUUUCAUGCCCCGAGGGCCAUACAUAGGUUGACCUGCACCCCUGGUGGAAAAGCAGAUAGGUUGAUAGAAAGAUUUUUCCAUCCACCUCACUACUGCCUCUCUGAGAAGUGGAUUUACUGCAUCACUGGAAAAUCCCCUUUUGUCAGCAUAGGCAGUGUCUACACUACAGUGCUACAACAUCCCAGCUGCAACGCCGUAUAUGUGCUGCUGCCGUGGCUGUAGAGCAGACGUGGCCUCAGAAACAGUUCUGUUGUGGUUGCCCAGGGUGGGAUGGGGCAGUUGCAGGGUAAACGGGAGAUAGAGGCAGCGAGCACUCGAGGCCCGAUUCUGCUAUGGGCAGCGGGGCGGAGAAAAGGGGCCAGUCUUGCGGGAUACGUUCUCAUAUUGCAAUCACAAGGGGGAAAAUGUGCUCUCUCCACCACCAGCCUACACAGCUGGGACUCCUUUACACCAGGAUGACCGAGAGGGGAACCAGCCCCUUUAAACUUUCUUUAAAGAGCAUUGAGCGUUAAAGAGGAUGGGCCCAGCACUCACUGGUUGACCCUAAAAGAAAGUGGCAAAUAACCAGCCGGGGGAUCUGGCUUCAGGGGUUUCAGAGUCUGGCUGGUCCAAAUUUUAAUUUUUCAUUCCAUUCCAAGAAUGACAUUUUUUUCAUGAAAAAUCUUUUGUUCCUUUUUUUUUUUUUUAAGGAUAAAAAAAAAUCUGACAU